UACAGGAGAGGCGUGGGGGCGGCGGCGUCUCCUUCACGUGAUAGGGUUCGGAGUGCGCAAGCGCGUCAUGCUACGCCCCGCGAACUGGGGGUCGGUCAAGGUCUGCGCCUGCGCGGGCUCCAGAGCUCGCCGAUCCGCCGGCCGGCGGCUAUCAGGCGUGGAGCCAGGCGCCCGCGGCGAUGGGUGAGUGCGAGAAGAACGCGAGAGGGGAGCACGAGGUUUCCCUCGGCCUCAUGGUGGAGGACGUGGACGCACGGAGAAGGAUCUGACCGAGGAGGCCGCCGGGCCUGGUCCCGAAGCACGUUCGCACAGCCCCCCCGCGACGCCGGUUCAGUUCUCCGCUCCCGAGGUUCGCGGCUCCCGGCGUCCACGCCUGUUCCCGGGCUUCGCCGGGCCCGUGACGGGGUCUAGCUGCCGGAGCGAGCUUUUCCCGCGCAGAAAGGAGGCUGUGCGUUCUUUCGGGCGCGCCCCGAGUGGGGAGGUGCCGCGCUGCACGCUCAAGCUGCAGGGCGGGGAGGGGCCGGGCUCUGCUUGCGCCCCGGGAGAAGGGCGGUGCUGGGACGGCAGGAGGGCCCCCGCCCUCCGGGGUCUGGGAUUCCGGACCCCAGACUCUAUUGAACGUCGGAGACGGAAGGGGCAAUCCUGUCCAACUCCCUCGCCUCCUUGCCCGUCCUCUUCUCACAGAUUGGCCAAAUGGACGCCUGCAGAGAGGACACCCAAUUAUCAAAAUUGACUCCAGAAGAGAGAACCUAACAGACCAUUAACAAUGGAAGAAAUUGAGAACGUUAUCAAAAAGCUACCAUUCCUCAAAACACCAGGCCCAGAUGGUGUUACAGGCCCUGGCAACCACCGUUCUACUGUCUGUCUCUGAAUUGGACUGCUUUGGGUGCCUCGUGUGGGGAGUCACACGGUUACUUGUCCUUUCAUGACUGGCUUCUUUCACUUAGUAUCACAUCCUCAAGGUUCCAUCCCCAUGUGACGGGAUCCCCUUCCUUUUUGGAUAUAUGUCUAGAAGUGGGAUUGCUAGAUCAUAUGGUUAAAAAGAAUCCAUGAAGAAGAAAGAUCUUAAGCCACAAGCCACAUGAUGGAUUCAGAAGCUCAUGAAAAGAGGUCUCCCAUCAUAACAUCUUCCAAACAAGAUAUAUCACCUCAUAUUGCAGAUGUCGGUGAAAUUAAACAUUAUUUGUGUGGCUACUGUGCAGCUUUCAACAACGUAGCGAUCACAUAUCCCAUUCAGAAGGUCCUUUUUCGGCAACAGCUUUAUGGAAUCAAAACCAGGGAUGCAGUGCUUCAGUUGAGGAGGGAUGGGUUUCGAAACUUGUAUCGAGGAAUCCUCCCCCCGUUAAUGCAGAAGACCACGACGCUAGCACUUAUGUUCGGUCUGUACGAGGAUUUGUCCUGCCUUCUCCGGAAGCACACCAGUACCCCAGAGUUUGUAGCCCACAGCAUGGCAGCGUUGCUUGCGGGGACAACGGAAGCAAUUUUCACUCCAUUUGAAAGAGUUCAGACAUUGCUUCAAGACCACAAGCAUCAUGACAAGUUCACAAACACUUAUCAGGCUUUCAAGGCACUGAAGUGCCACGGAAUUGGAGAGUAUUAUCGAGGCUUGACACCUAUUCUUUUCCGCAACGGCUUCAGCAAUAUCCUGUUCUUUGGCCUCCGGGGCCCCAUCAAGGAGCACCUGCCGACCGCAACAACUCACAGCGCUCAUUUGGUCACCGAUUUUAUCUGCGGAGGGCUGUUGGGCGCCGUGCUGGGAAUCUUGUUUUUUCCACUUAAUGUUGUAAAAACUCGCAUGCAGUCUCAGAUUGGUGGGGAAUUCCAGUCUUUUCCCAAGGUUUUCAAAAAAAUCUGGUUAGAACGGGACAGGAAACUGACAAAUCUUUUCAGAGGUGCCCACCUGAAUUACCAUCGGUCCCUCAUCUCUUGGGGCAUAAUCAAUGCGACCUAUGAAUUCCUGUUAAAGGUUAUAUGAAAGAAAUCAUCAGUUAAGUGCCAUUUAUUAACUGACUAGACCUUCAAAGAAGAAAGCAGUUUGGCCUCGUCCCUAAUUGGCCAAAUGUCAGUUGGUGUCAUAAGUUCAGGGCACAGUGAAUUACAGGCAAAGCUGUUCUCCUUAAGCACCAACAAAUUCAGAAUAAAAUGUUUCAGUAGGAAAAUUUAAGGGUUUGGGGGUUUAGGGUUCUGGCUUUUGUUCUGAUUAUUACCUGGGAACUUGAGGCUCAUUGCCUUGUUAAGACCUCGUUAUCUGAUGCAUCAUUUUUGACAAGGGAACUCAUAGCUGCGGUGGUCUUCUUGUCCGGAGUCUCCAACCCUCCAUAUAGAGAUGUCAGUGGCCAUGACCAGCUGGAGAAAAGGCUCUUAGGGCCCCUCGAAUUCUCAGGCUUGCUUUUAUUACUCCAUUUCUUGCUUCUCUGUUCUUAGAAGUUGUAAAAAGUAGUCUUCUUUGCUAAACGUAAGCAUAUACACCAGAGGACAAAGGAGCAGGACAGAGAAGAAAAGAGCUUAAUAGGCCUAGGCUUUUUGUGAUAAAUUGCUUGUAUUCGUUUCUGAAACAAAGCACCUGUCGGGUGGUCAUUACCAGACUCUUUCUGUUCAGACAUGGUAGACUCGAGCAGGCAGUGAAAGCUCCCAUUUUGCUUUCUAGGUUUCAAGUUUUCUGCUUAGUUCUGAAUGUGACCUUAAACCUGCCCAUAAUAACCUUAUGUUGAUUUCAUAGCCAAAAGAAGGGGAGACUUAAAUUUUGUCAUAAGCAUUUCAUCCUAAGUUUUAUGUUAAUUUCAUUCAAAUCAAAUUCUCUCUAGUUCAAUGUCUUUUUUUUUUAAGAUACUAUUUAUUUUUUUAGAGAGAGGGGAAGGGAGGGAGAAAAGGAGAGACAUCAGUUUGUUGCCUCUCAUAUGUACCCCAAACGGGGACCAAACCUGCAACUCAAGCAUGUGCCCUGACCCGGAAUCGAACCGGUGACCUUUCGUUCUGCAGGACAGUGCCCAACCAACCAAGCCAUCUGGUCAGGGUUCUUUAGCUCAGUUUCUUUGAAUUAUUGUUGCCAACUUAGUAAACAGCUUUGACUAUUUUUUCCCUUUGGAUAGUAGUUUGCCUUAUUCAAGUAUUCCAUUCUCUUGAAACUCCUUUUAAAAAAGAAAAACACUGCCAUAAAAUUUUAUUUUGGAAGUCUAAGAGGAUCUCAUUUUUUUUUUUCUGGUUUCUAAAUGUUUUGGGGGAGGGAAAUCAGGAUAGCUUUCACCUCGCAGUGUUCGUGCUUUUUUUUACUUUGGAAACAGAAACUUCUAUUAGGAUUUUUACAUUUUGGGAAUCCAGUUUUACCCUUUUCUCAUUAAAGCAGUUUGAGAGGAUAAAAUCUAAACAGGUAUUUGAAGGAUUAAUUUUAAAUUUCUAGAAGUUGGUAAAAUAGCUGGUUAGAUUGAUUACUCAUGCCUUACCUAGCAAGAAUUUCUUGUCAAAGGACAUAUUUUAAAAUGUUUUUUCCAGAUAAGGCAAAAUGGCUCAUAUACCAGUUGAAUAAUUAAUAAAACACAGAAAACAUCUAGAAAAGCCGUUUAUCUUCUAAAAACCGAUGUCUGUAAAUACGUGAUCAAGACAGUUCUCCGGCAUCUGACAUGGUAGAGUAGCUAGGUUUCUUACUGCUAGUUUUUCAUCGUUCUGGGUAAUUGCAUAUGGAAAUGUGCACACUGACCAAAAUAAAAUCAGGGUCUCAAUUGGUAGUUUACUCAGUUUCUGGGCAGAUAGUCCAAAAAAAGAUGUUUACCUCUACAUGCAGUAUGGCUGGACAAAUAAAAUAAACAUCCUUCAAACCAAAAGGAUUAGAAAGUGUAAUCAAGCAUUUGUUAGACAGUAAUCAAGCUCAGGAGAUUUACAACUGCUCUGUUUGACAAUGUGCUAGAUGGCAGUUUACUUUAGCAACACAGGUGCAAAUGUAAAAAUUUCAGAACACAGUGUCACCAAAUAAAUGUGAGUAGCCUGUCCAUAAAUAGAGUCAGGUCAGGAUUUGAAGCGGCUCUUUCUGAAACAAGUGACAGUAGUACUGUGGUGCCUGGCCCCUCGUUCGUGUGUGUGUGUGUGUGUGUGUGUGUGUCCGUCCGUCCGUCCCUGAGAACUCCUGGGCAUGUCUCGGUGCUCAGCAUGUGGGAGGCGCGUGAGCCUGGGGUCAAGUCCUGGGGAACAGCCCCCAUGGGCCUUGGGUUCCACGGGGCUUUCUUCUGUUUGUACACUCCAUGCAGGUGGUAGAAAUCUUAAGUUCUAAAGCACUUUUGUGAAAUACAAGAAGUGAGAAUUGGAAGGAGGAUGCUUUGAUUUCUGCUGUCUCAAAUAUGUGGCAUUUACAAACAAUAAAUAUUUUUAAUGGUUUUAACUCA